CAAAUAAAAUACUAGUUCAGCUACGACCGCAUAACUCGGCUGAGAUGUUGAUAUUUACUGUUCUAUAUUUUUCAUAUGCUCUCGCUACUAACGAUAUCUAUAAAGAACCAUCUGUUAGUGAUAUAGCUAGCAAUUUAGUAGAUAUUCUAGAUGUAAAUUCAGCAGCUAAUCCAAAGUUGAACGAAUUAAGAGAGAAACUAAAGACGGUAGACAAAUAUGUUAUUGAUAAAGAAAAGAUGGCAGAAUUGUUGUUAAAUGAAAGUAGAGACUCCACAUUAAACGAAACUAAUUUCUAUGCAGCUCUAAAUGAUAAUGAUAGCUUCAGACUAUUCCAGUUAAACGAAGAACCUAAAAAUCUCUAUUUGAAAUUGAAAGAAAAAAUGAAUCGAAAUGAUAUUUUAAAAAUCAUUUCUGAAAAAAACUCUGCCAAAAUUGUACAAUCGUUUCGAAGGUCAAUGAAUAUGAAUGAUGAAGUUCCAGGGCUUGACGAGGAAAUAAUAGAAGAGGUAGCCGAUAAGAUGCUAGGAGAAAAGCUAAAGGACGAUCAUAAGUUUGAUGAAGAUAAUUUAACCAAUAUUUACUGGGAUCCUAAACCAGAGCUGGAAGACCUAAAAGAAUACCACAGUCGCUCCGGGCGCCGCAUCUAUAAGGGCGAGCGCACGGUAAUCCAGAAAUACCCUUUCAUGGUUUCGAUCCACGUCAUGGGUCGUUUCUGGUGCGGCGGCGUGCUGUACUGGCACGACCUGGUGCUGACGUCAGCGGCAUGCUUGCAACUUAUGCACAACAACCGAUUCUUCCGAGAAAACCCUCGAGUGCUGCAAGUGCGCAUAGGCAGCAACCACAGCAGGAUCAGCGGUGAACUUGUCGACGCACUUGAGGUAUACUUCCACCCAACGUACAACCCGCGCACGCUGGCCGACAACAUCGCCGUCAUCCGGUUGCGGUACCGCAUCGCCUUCGACCACCACCGCGUGCCGAAGAUCGUCGACAUCUCUCACUUCGACCAUAACCCCGCCGCCUCUGAAGUCCUAGUGUUAGGGUGGGGUGUUACUAGGAUGUCCAACCGCCUCGCAUACGAGCCAGUAUUUCUACAGCGCAAAUUUUUGCCUGUCUACCCCAACUCUUUCUGCAAGGAAGUCUACGGCGAUAAGUUUAUAACUAAGGAGCAAUUCUGCGCUGGCACGCUAACCACAGGAGAAGGGGCAUGUGAUCACGACGCCGGAGGUCCGGCCAUCCUGUCUGGCAAGCUGGUAGGCAUCAUAUCGUACGGGCCGACGGUCUGCGGGUACGCCAACGCUCCGACCGUGUUCACGCUGGUCGGAGCCUAUGCGGACUGGAUCGAACAAGUCAAUGAUUCGAUGCCGGACUACUACCGCCUCAAGGUGCGCACGACCACGCUCGGCAUCAAACCAUCUAAUGAAUUCAAACGGCUCACCACGAAGUUGCCAUAUGAAGGCGAAUUCUAA